CAAAAAUAAUUUAAGAAAGACCAAACUUGUACCCCCUUCUCUCUUUCUCUUAUCUCUGACAAACAAAAAACCAUGAAACGCCGAUUCGAAGGCGGACCAGGAGGAUCCACGGAGGGGGAGGGUCCAAUUCCGACGCAACCCACGAAGCUCCGAGGUGAAAUAGAUGCAUAUAAAAAUAAAGAAAAAGAGUAUGUUAAAGACUCUGUAAUGACUCAUCUCACAAAAGUAGGGGCUGCUCAAGACUCUCAGACUCAACACCAACUUGAGGAGAAGAAUACUCCUCAAGGUUGGCUCGAGGAGGACAUACUUUCCAAAGGCCCACCCAUAUGCAUAAUUGCUAGGCCUCCUGAAUUUCCGUCUAGUUGUGCAAUUUGCACGAAGCCUGGCCACUGGCCGAAUCAAUGCCCCUGGAGGAGACAGGUCCCCUAUGGCAUAACUCAGGUUGGUAAGGGCUAUGUAGUAGAUGGGCGGCGUGCUAUUCGCCUUAACUGUGCUUAUUGUCAUGAGACGGGUACUCACAGGGUUCAUGACUGCCCAGAAUGGAACAAACUACUCAUUGAAACUGGAGGGGAUGUGCCCUUGCACCCAUGUUGGUUCGAUGAAAAACCACCUGCUGAUUGCUGAAGCUGAGGAUGACGGGGUGCAUGUAUGCGGAACCUGUUGAAUUAUUGUUUCAUUUUAGUGCUCUAUAUUAUAUAUAUGAUGUUAUGGAACCACGUAUGUCUUGGAAUAUUAAGCUAGAUAGCUCUGUUGUGGUCAUGGAUAUAUAUACUUUGUUGUUGGGUAUUUUCGGUAUUUGAUUUGGCUGUCCCUUGCAUGUACUCGCUUGGGAUAUCAUAUCUGUGCAGUGUCUAUUAAUUUGGAUCGACGUUUUGCUUUGAUUUGAUUGGCUUGUACCGGUGCUUUGAGGUGUGUGUGUUUCUAGUCGACAGUUGUAGUGAUUGAUUCACAUACACCUAGUCCUCGAGCAGGGAAGCUUCUGCAUUUUCGAGUUGUUGUUGGUCUUUGAGUUUUGUUGAUAUUUCGGUUUAAGUUAUGGUUGUUGGUGUUCAUUUGGUCCCUCCCUUCCUUCUGUGUCGAUUCUUAGUUUUGAGUCCAUGU